AUGGCGCCACGGGAAUCGAUGCUGAACGACUGGACAAUUAAUGUGCAGAAACCAUGUAGCGAUGAGGGAAAUGUUAGAACAAGACCGGCAAAACUUGUUUCGGUUUCUUCAAUGCUGGGAUCUGUUCCUCCGGGUUCGAUGUCUGGGUCAAAAUGGAGGCAAGAAGCUCACGACUUAUUUGGCUUGAAAAGGCUCGCAAAAGCGUACUUUAAAAGUGGACAGUCUUACACAAAAGAGGAUAUUUCCGGUGAUCAUACGAUUCAUUACCGCGUGAAACCAGCGAAUUCUAAUUUGCACGGAGCUCACCCGUUAAGUGGAACAAUGAUCAAGGUUGGUAAUCGUUUGCCACAGAAAAGGCAGAAAUAUUCUGUGUCGAUGGAAUCAUUCGCUGACCAUGGGCCAAAGAAUGUGACUAUCAGAAAGGCGCGAUACUUCGAGACAGAUGGCACUGGCUUGGCUCCUUUAAAUGCUCUCGAUAGUAAAUCAAGCCGAGGUGCAAAUAUCAACGAUUGGAGUUUCUCGAAUAACAACGACUUUGAAAUGGGCACAGUGAAUCCUAGCGUUUUGAGUGCUGAAAGCAACAAGGUUUUGCAACUUUGUAAUUUGCCCAAAAAUUGUGGACUGCAAAGUGUGCUAUCCCAGGUCGCUGGAGGGCCGCUUGAAAGAGUCGACGUCAUUAUUGAUCCCUACGAUCUGUCUGCCAUUACAGCUGUGCGGCUCGAAUUCAUUUCGGCACAGUGCGCACAAAGCUUCAUGCGUCAUGGCCAAGCUAGAAACUUGCAAAUAAACGGACAUGUUCUGAAACCGGAAUGGGCACCGAGAUUGAGAAGCGACCAUUUGAAUAUGAGUGUCGUCACCGGAGAAGAGCAAAUGCAUGACAAGGUUUUGAAUAAGAAAUGCGACGGAUCAACACCUCGUCGAUGCAUUAUUAUUAAAAAAACUGGUCAUAAGGAACACCUGCGGUCUCGUCAAAUGGUUUCAAGGAAACUGUGUCACUUUGAUGUUGCCGAACUGAAACGAGACUUCGCAGAUUUUGGAGAAAUUGCCGAAGUCACACCGAUGAUCUCGCGAAAGCUCUGCGUUUCAAUCAGUUAUUUUGACAUUCGAUCAGCUAUUGACGUCAUGGCAAGCUAUGAAAAUCCCAACACCUAUAUGAACAAGAAAUACUCCAGAGAGUGGUCAAUUAAUUAUGGACGCGAUACUACUGAGCGGCCUUGCUACAUGAUGGUUUGA